AUGACAAUCGACUCUCAUCAUAUACUAUUUAAAAUGGAUCAACUUCCUGUUGACUUACUUGAAAAGACUUUUUAUCAUCUUCCUGAAGAUCUUUGUUUGCUACUUACUUUAUCCAAAAUUAAAACUGUUCAAAUCGCUGCUACUCUCACUUUAUUUAAUUUCAUUUCUUUAUCCAGUAGCAAAUAUGCUGUUUAUAAGCUAUUUAACCCAAAAAACAUUUAUUCAGAAGUUGGGUUUUGUUUUUUAAAGGUGCCAGAUUUUUGGGUUCAAAUUAAUAUUAAAGAUUUUGAUAAAAUUAAUAUUGGACAUAUAAAAAUUAUUAAUAAUCUUACAAUAAAUUUAGAUAUUGCAGACUUAAAUCAAGACUCGAGUCAAAUAUUAACUUCUAUUCUAUUAAACACAAAAAUGUUAAAAAAAAUUAAAUUUAAUAUUAUUGCUAAUGCGAAAACUUUGAAUUUUUAA